UGUCAUGAAAGAUGGCGUCUUUUGGUCUACGAAUUUGAUGUGAACUGUCAAGUAAAAGUUUGAUUAAGCCUUUUCUUGUGUCGACGAAGAUUACUCAACGUACUCACGAUGUUUGUAAGAACUACAGUCAUACUAUCUCUUCUUGUGUUGGUAAAGAGCUCAGGAAGAUUUCCCACAUUUUCUAAGAAUGAGAACAAUGGGAAAGAUAAAAUUUAUAAAUGCAACUGCAAUAUGUGGCAAUGUCUACAAUCCAAACAGUUAAGUUGUAAUUCAACCGAAGGCUGUUUUGCUCAUUUUGAGAGAGAGCCGCACAUUUCUGAAAAAUAUGGCUGUCUUUAUACAUACAAUCCUGAAAAGUUGAAUCCUAGAUGUAUUAUUGUGAAGAAAGCAAAUUCAACUACAGUUAUGUCUGCCAAGAUAUGUUGCCACACCGACUACUGUAAUAUGCCCAGUCUAAUUGAAAAAUAUUUUCCAAAAAAAGAGUCUGAACCUGGUGAAAACUCAGAGUUGCUUGAACUUAUUUUCUCUAUAUUUGGGCCAAUCUUUGCUCUUGUGUUGGUGUUAGGAGCACUUUAUUUCCUUCAACCAUACAUUAGGAAGGCUGUACUCAAGGAAAAAAAAGUUGUCUCUACUGGAGAAUGCAGUGGGGGAAGUUCAUGGGGUGGAUGUGUUGACCCCUCCUCUGGUAGUGGUUCUGGCUUGCCACUACUUGUUCAGCGUUCAGUUGCACGGCAAGUGGAUCUUCUUGAGAUCAUAGGAAAGGGACGUUACGGAGAAGUAUGGAAGGGAAAGUGGCAUGGUGUAUACAUUGCAGUGAAAAUGUUCUCUUCCGUUGAUGAACAGUCAUGGGUUAGGGAGACUCAGAUUUAUCAAACUGUCAUGAUCAACCAUGACAACAUAUUAAGUUUUAUUGCAUCUGAUGUUGCAACAAAAGAUUCAACCACACGAAUGUGGCUUAUGACUCACUAUCAUCCCAAUGGAUCCCUAUAUGACUUCCUAAAUAACAACACAGUAGAUGCUAAGAUAAUGAUAUCUUUGGCCAAGUCAGCAAUAUCUGGUAUCACUCAUCUACACACGGAAAUUAAUGGAUUGAAUGCCAAACCAUCAAUUGCACAUCGUGACAUCAAGUCAAAGAAUAUACUUGUCAAGAAUGAUUAUACGUGUGCAAUUGCUGAUCUUGGACUUGCCGUCAUUCUCCGCAAGGAUCAGAAUCAAGUAGAUAUUGAUACAAGUAACAAUCGUGUUGGAACAAAACGAUACAUGGCACCUGAAGUUCUUGAUGAGACGAUGGAUCCUACGUGGUUUGACUCUUAUAAGAGAGUGGAUGUUUAUGCUUUUGGUCUGGUGUUGUGGGAACUAUCAAUGAGAACCGCAACUAGUAAUGUGAAAGCCAAAGAAUAUCAGCCACCAUUUUAUGACAUGGUGCCUAAUGACCCUAGUUUUGAAAUUAUGAAGGAAGUUGUUUGCGUAGAGAAGAAACGUCCUCUGUUUCCAAAUGAAUGGAAUAGUGACAAGCUUCUUAAUGGUACAAUGGCAAUCAUCAAGGAGUGUUGGAGUCAAAAUUCUGCUGCCCGCUUAACAUCAUUGAGGAUUGAUAAAAAACUAAGCAAAUUGUGGAUGGACUGCCAAAGUGAAACCCCCAUGUCUGUAGUUGAACAAGGUGUAUUGGCUGUAUAAACAUUUUCUUGAAAAAAAUUGUUAUUUUAUGUCCUCACAGGGGAUUGUUUGCCUUUUUACAUGACCAAAGAAUUUAUAAUACUCCUUAAACAAAUUAAAGUGGGUUGUCACUUGUAAAUAAGAAAAGCUGUUUAUGAUACAUAUUUGGAAAAGUAGUUUUAAUCAAUUCCUUAUUGUAGAA